AGGUACCAGCAGCGCACAGUUUAGCAUUAUCCAAAAUAAGAUUCUCUCCGUCAAUAUCACGUUUUUAAAUAUAAGAAAUGCCUACAAUUGCUAUUCGUUAUGCUUUUGGAAGACCUCAGGUUUUAGAAAAAAUAUGUUUAGAUGAACAGGAUAUGACCAUAUCGAGGCUUCUCUCAAAAACGUCUAUUUGUUCGACUUUUUCAUCAAACAACUUUUACGUAACUCAUAAUGGUAAAAGAUUGGAAUCUAACACUAGAUUAGACGAAAAUAAUAUAUAUACAAUUGUUGGAAAGCUAAAUGGCGGCAAAGGUGGUUUUGGUUCUUUAUUGAGAUCCAUCGGAGCUCAGAUCGAAAAGACGACAAAUAAGGAAGCAUGUAGAGAUCUAAGUGGUAGACGAAUGCGAGAUUUAAAAAAUGAACAGAGCAUUAAAGAAUGGAUGAGUAAGGCAAAAGAGAGAGAUGAGGAAGCCCAACAGAAGAAAGCGGAGAGAAAGGAACGUUUACGACGCGAUUUUAAACAUAAAUUUGAAGAUCCAAAAUAUUUCGAACAAAAGGAUUUGGCAGUUGAAAGAAUGGAUGAAGCAUUAAAAUCUGGAUUAGAGAAGGUCUCAUCAACAACUGAGCCGGGUACAUCAGGUUUAAAGAGAAAAUCGACAGAUCAGCAAAAAUCUUCUAAAAAGCUAUGUGCUAUGUUCGACGAUUCUGACUUGAGUGAGAGUAAUGAUGAAAUGGAUGAUGAAAAACCGGAAGAAAUAUCUGAAGAUUCAUCUGGGGCUAGUUCUAGUGAUAAACCUCAAGAUAAUGCAGAAGCCAGUCCUGAGCGUAAAAUCGAAGAUUGUUCGGAUAAUUCGAGAGUUAAUAAUGAAUGCAAACCCGAUAAUAGCUCAGAAGUCAGUUCUCAAGAUAAAACCGAGAAUAAUUUCGAGAAACAAAGUGAGAGCAUUCCAUCAUCCAGCCAAACGCCUGAAAAUGACUGUCAUUUGUUGACGAAAGAGGCCAUCGUUGAGCCUGAUUCUUCUACAGAGGCCCAACAAGUUAGUUCUACUAAUACUGAUGAAAACAAGAUUGAUGGACAAAACAAAGUUAAAGAUAAUGAAGAUAAAGCAGUUGAAAAGAAACUUGAAGACAAGGACACAAGACUAUCGUCGUCAGUGGAAAUCAAUAAAAAUGAACCUUCGAAGGAAACAAUAAAAGAUAUAGAUUUAUUAUCGUAUUCUAACGUAAAGGAACUUGAAGAACUAGGCUUGGAUGUGUUGAAAUUUGCUUUACAAAGUAGAGGAUUAAAAUGCGGUGGAACGCUUCAACAGAGAGCAGAACGACUCUUCUCAGUGAAAAACUUGAAACCUCAUCAAAUCGAUAAAUCUCUAUUAGCAAAAUCGAAGAAUGCUAAGAAAUAA